AUCUUUCAUCCGCACAGUGUAUUUUUGACUGCGAAGCGCGUACGACGUGUGUCUGUGUUGCGUUGCGUUUUGUCGUAAGCGGAAAAAAGAAGCGAAAAGCGUUGCCGUCGGUGAAGUUUAUUAUUAUUAUUAUUGCCGUUAUACGCGUUCUCGUAGGAAAAGCCCAACCAUCAAUCAUAACAACAAAAACACUUGGAAAUCGCGCGCGUUUUUCCAUCGCGUCUCGUUCUGCAUUACGUUUUUUAGUGUGUUUUGUAUUAACAACAAAUUAGUACGAAGAACCCCGUUUAAAAAAUAUUGGAAUUGGCCACAAAUACUAUUAUUCGAGGGCCGCAGAGGGAAUUUCUUUUGACGAGGGGAUCCGCCGAUCCCCCCGCAAGAAAACGCAAAAUUGCCGUCGCAAAAGCAAAAGCAAAAGCACAACACAAUAUAUACAUUACUAUAUAUUAACAAUAUAAUUUGUUCAUCUCUAGUAACGUAGUAUGUAGAAGCAGCUGUGAUAAAUAGUGCGCAUAUUAUACGAAAAAAGCAAAAAGAGUAUACGACAUAUAAAACAAGCAACCACAACUACUACUAAAAUAACCAAGGAAAAGGGCAAGGAAACUCAGAGAGAAGAAGUACGGAAAACGCCAUGGAUUUAUGACAACAACAAAUGCUACACAACAACAAAUGAUGUUGCAGCAACAACAACAACAAUACAUGAGUAUACCAAGAACAACAGCAACUGCAACGGCAACUAACCACAAAUUGUAUACGAUUUUUAUAAACCAAACAAAUUCUAUGUAAAUAAUUAUUAUAACAAAAAACCAAUACAAAACAAAAACAAAAGGAAAACAUUCAAAAACAGAUCUCCCGCUUAUAAGAAAAACAACAACAACAAACGCGCGCGUAACAACAACAAUACAACAAGUAUACAAACGUAAUAAUAAUACAUAAAAUCUAAACAAAUGUGCCUGUGUUAAAAAAGAAGAAAGCAAAAUAAAGAAGCAAAGCGUUCAAAAAGCAGAAGCUUCCGAAUAGAUGUAAAAGUGCAAAACAUAUAAAAACCCCAGAAAGUAUAAACCAAAACUCUAAUCAAGAACUGGACAAACAUAAAAGGGACUCCACGCCGGCAGCUACAGUAGAGCUCCCCUAAAACAGAAGCAGUUGAAGCGGCGGAGAGGGACGUCGGUCAGUGUGUUGCGCCCCAUUUGUCGUUUCUACUCCAAAAGUGGCACAAAUCGGGUUAGACGUCGCUCCCAGAGCAUUAAUGGCUCAGCCCAGGUAUGACGAUGGCCUCCACGGCUACGGCAUGGACUCCGGUGCCGCCGCAGCGGCCAUGUACGACCCACACGCCGGCCACCGGCCGCCCGGCCUGCAGGGCCUCCCCUCGCACCACUCUCCGCACAUGACGCACGCAGCGGCGGCGGCGGCCACAGUGGGCAUGCACGGCUACCACUCGGGGGCCGGGGGUCAUGGAACACCUAGUCAUGUAUCGCCGGUCGGUAAUCACCUAAUGGGCGCAAUACCCGAAGUACACAAACGUGAUAAGGAUGCGAUCUAUGAACAUCCGCUAUUCCCGCUCUUGGCGCUGAUCUUCGAGAAGUGCGAAUUGGCCACAUGUACGCCGAGGGAGCCCGGGGUGCAAGGUGGCGAUGUCUGUUCGUCGGAAUCGUUCAACGAGGAUAUUGCAAUGUUCAGUAAACAGAUAAGAUCACAGAAACCCUAUUAUACCGCAGAUCCCGAAGUCGACUCACUGAUGGUGCAAGCAAUACAAGUACUUCGGUUUCACCUUUUAGAAUUAGAAAAAGUACACGAAUUAUGCGAUAACUUCUGUCAUCGGUAUAUAUCGUGUUUAAAGGGUAAAAUGCCAAUAGAUUUAGUGAUCGACGAACGGGACACCACCAAACCACCGGAGUUGGGAUCGGCGAACGGAGAAGGGCGCAGCAACGCCGACUCCACAUCGCACACCGAUGGAGCUAGUACACCAGACGUUCGGCCGCCGAGCUCUUCGCUUUCCUACGGCGGCGCAAUGAACGACGACGCCCGAUCGCCGGGCGCUGGUAGUACUCCCGGUCCACUGUCUCAGCAGCCACCUGCCCUAGAUACAUCAGACCCUGAUGGUAAGUUCUUAUCAUCACUCAAUCCUUCAGAACUAACAUAUGAUGGACGAUGGUGUCGAAGAGAAUGGUCCUCACCUGCCGAUGCUCGAAAUGCAGACGCCUCCCGGCGAUUGUAUUCCUCAGUCUUCCUCGGUAGUCCUGACAACUUCGGAACGAGUGCAAGCGGUGAUGCCAGCAACGCCAGCAUAGGAAGUGGAGAGGGCACCGGCGAGGAGGACGACGACGCGAGCGGCAAAAAGAACCAAAAGAAACGUGGCAUUUUCCCAAAAGUAGCAACCAACAUAUUGAGAGCGUGGCUGUUUCAGCAUUUAACGCAUCCCUACCCAUCCGAGGACCAGAAGAAACAAUUGGCCCAGGACACCGGCCUAACGAUACUGCAAGUGAAUAAUUGGUUCAUCAAUGCGCGGCGAAGAAUCGUCCAGCCGAUGAUCGAUCAAUCGAAUCGUGCAGUCUAUACACCGCAUCCAGGUCCCUCCGGUUAUGGCCACGACGCCAUGGGCUACAUGAUGGACAGCCAGGCGCAUAUGAUGCACCGUCCGCCCGGAGAUCCGGGCUUCCACCAGGGCUAUCCGCACUACCCGCCCGCCGAGUACUACGGCCAGCACUUGUAAUCCUCGUAAUCCGGAAUCCCGCAAUCCCGGAUACCCGCCAGCGGAGCCGGAGACCCGGAAACAGAGAGCUCUCCGGAAGCGAUCAAGCCAAAAUCAUAGCUUAAAUUUUACCACCCACUGGAGAUGAUGAAGAAGAAGAAGCAGAGGAGCUGUAACAAAAACAAAAAACAGAAAACUAAAAAAAAAAAAAAACAAAUGGAGCUGGAGCAGUCCGAUCCGAUCCCAAAAC